UUCUAAUAAUUAUUUUUUGCAAGACUCCUUUAAUUUUUUCUUUUUUGUUUCAUUAUCAAAGUUUGAGCUGAUUUCUUGUACGGACGAAAUAAAAUGGCAGAAGAAGUAGCUAUACAGGAUAAGAGUAUCCUUAAAUCCCCAGCACUUGUACAGUAUAUCUAUAAAACAUAUUGUUAUCCAAGAGAACACGAGCAGUUGAAGGGGCUUAGGGAAGCCACUGUCAAGAAAUAUAAAAUAGAGAGUUUGAUGGGUGUGCCUGUGGAUGAAGGACAAUUACUGUCGAUAUUUUUGAAAGUGAUGAAUGCAAAGAAGACUAUUGAAAUUGGAGUCUUUACUGGUUAUUCUCUUCUUACCACUGCUCUUGCUCUUCCUCAUGAUGCCAAAAUAACAGCCAUUGAUCCAGAUAGAGAAGCUUAUGAAGUUGGGCUACCGUUCAUUCGAAAAGCUGGUGUUGAUCAAAAAAUUAAUUUCAUUGAGUCUGCGGCUUCUUCUGUCCUUGAAGAUCUCAAUAACAAUGAGAAAGAAGUAGGGAGUUAUGAUUUUGCAUUUGUGGAUGCUAACAAGGAUGGUUACCUAAAAUAUCACGAGCAACUUGUAAAACUGAUUAAAAUUGGAGGAGUGAUUGUAUACGAUAACACCCUAUGGUUUGGAUAUGUGGCCUAUUCUGAUCAUGAAGAAGAAAUGAUUGAUGAUUUUUUUAAGGAAAAUAGAAAAAUCAUGAGAGAAGUCAAUACCUUUUUAGCUAAUGAUAAUCGAUUUGAGAUAUCUCUUGUUUCUGUUGGAGAUGGACUCACCAUCUGUAGACGUCUUUAUUGAUCAUUAAUUUAUAUUAAGAGAUCGAUACACAUAAUAAUACUCUACCAAUGUUAUAUAUCCCGUGGAACCAGCUUUUUCUUUCCGAACUACGUGACACUCUGAAAAUAAUCGAGAGAAAGGCUUUCAUAUAACUGUAUGUGAAAAUUUAAGUCUUCUCUCUAUUUUAAUAAAUGAGCUAGCUGCUUAAUUGCUACUCUUGUAUUUUUUUUUUUUUUUUUUAAAUAAUGAGAUUGCUACUCUA